GAUUGUGCGACAGGCCGCGGUGCGAGCUGGGCCUCACACUCACACACAGCCGAAGAAGAGAAGAAGAAGAAGAGGAGAGAAGAAGAACCGGGUCUGAGACGAGACAACGGGCUGUGGAGACACACGGAACCAACCGACAAGCGCGCCCCGGUUCCCACAGUAACCACCGAGCAGACGAGCGCGGGCACGCGUCCCGGAAGACCCUUAUAAGCGCCGCUGGUAGCCGUGCAUGCGGUGGAGCGCUCUGUUAGCAGCAGGCUAGCAGCGUUAGCACGGCUAGCACCAGAGGGGUUAGCAGGCUAGCCCGCUUCUGUAAAUCCACCUGCAGGCCACACACACAGAACCAGGACUUCAAGAACACGGGUGGCAGGAGGCUGGUUCUGGGGGCGAGGCCAAAGGACCAGACUCAAUGAGUUUCCAGCGAAAUGACAGAGAAGUCAGGGCAAAGCACCAAGGCAAAGGAUGGCAAAACAAAGUAUGCAACCCUUAGCCUCUUCAACACCUACAAGGGCAAAUCUUUGGAAACCCAGAAAACUGCAGUUGCUGCUAGACAUGGGCUCCAAAGUUUGGGCAAAGUUGCUGCUAGCCGGCGCAUGCCCCCUCCGGCCAACCUGCCCAGCCUGAAGGCAGAGAACAAGGGAAACGACCCCAACGUCAACAUUGUCCCCAAGGACGGUAGUGGCUGGGCAUCCCGAACUGAGGGAGGGGAGGAGAGGCAACAGGAGACACCCCCACCCCAGGUCAAACCACCAGUGCUCCAGCCACCAGAGCCGGCUAUUGGGGCCAGCCGCUCCUGGGCCAACAGCAAGCCAACGCAGCCAGACGGUGCCCCGCGUGUGAGCAGCCAUUUUCAACAGGAGUUUCCCAGCUUGCAGGCGGCUGGUGAGGCGGAGAAAGGGGACGAUCCAGAAGAGGAGCCUUAUGGACCAGGGCCCAGCCUCAGACCUCAAAAUGUUGGCAGUUGGCGUGAGGGUGGAGGCAGGAAUUUGAUCACUGCACCCAGCCCCCCUGAGAUGGAGAACAAGGCUCCGGAGGAGGGUGGUGGUGCGGUCCUCGGUACCUCUACACCACCAGGGGAAGCUGAUGAGCCUGGACGAAUCGCAACCCCUGACGUUCAGCGGGAGAAGGACGGCAGGGAGAAGGUGCCCCCCUCCGCCCCCCCUCCUCAGCCUAAACUUAACGGAGGGCAGCAGCCUCCCGCUGGGGUGCCAACUCACUUCGACCCUGCUUUCAGGAGCAUGAUGCCACCCUACAUGUUCCACGCCUAUCCUCAGAUGACUUUUGCCCCAGGGCAAGGAAACGUCAGAUACCCUGCACCGCAAGACGGGGCAAAGGGUCCUCGUCCAGUACGACCCCAGCAGGGCCCCCCUCAGGCCUGGCUCCUGGACCCAGACAGACCCUCAAUCAUCAGUGCAACAGAACUUAAAGAGCUGGACAACUUGGACACUGAUACUGAUGAGGGCUGGGCAGGAGCUCAGAUGGAGGUGGACUACACCGAGAAACUAAACUUCAGCGAUGACGAGGAAAACCAAGCUAACAAGGAGAAAAGAGAAAACUGGGAGUGGAUGGGUAAAGUGGAGCGUAUGCGAUCACGGCCACCAGACGGUCAGGAGGGUAAAACCUCAUGGGCCGAUGGUGAUCCCAGAGCGCCAUCACCUGGCAGUAUGGGGCAGUUCAAUAAGUCAGCUGCUCCACAGGACUACCAGGGCGGAAAUCGUUCUGCUGGUGCCGGAGCCCAACGUGUGACCAAACCUCAGGUUGCAGCCGCACCCGGCGCCGACGAGGACCCUGAAGCCUGGCGACAGAAGCGCAAGAAGCCUCAAGAAGUUUCUGAAGCUGUAGAACGAGCGAGGCGGCGGAGAGAAGAAGAGGAACGACGGAUGGAAGAACAACGGCUCGCUGCCUGCGCUGAAAAACUUAAACGUCUCAACGAAAAACACCGCCAGGCAACUGAGUGCAAACCUGUCCUUCCUCCGACCACCAACGAUGAAGCUGGAGCUCCACAAGAGGAAGAAUCCGUAGCGGCUCCUGCUCCCGUAUCCAGUCCUGUACCUUCAAUCCCAGUUUUACAAUCACAGGAACCAAUCAUGGAGGCUCCUCUACCUGAGAAGGUGGAACAAGAUGAGGAGAGGGUGGAGCGAGAGCUGGAGAGAGUAGAACCAAGUGAGGAGGAGGAGAAGGAGGUGGUGGUGGUGCUCUUGCCUCGCCAGCCCAGCCCCCCCGUCCAGAGACCUGUGGCUGUAGCUGCAGAUCCCCAGAGCGACGGAGAGAGCUCAUUGGCUGAGGUCGUCCCCCUGAUGGAGGAGACCCAGGUAGAGAGGACAACAGUGCCUAUCCGAGACUAUUUCAACAUAGAGGACAACAGAGUGGAUGAGCCCCACCUGUCUCUGCCUCACAUGGACCCCCCCAGUGGUGAGGAAGUCCCUGUGGCACCACCACAGCUGGAAGGAGAAGCAGCAGCUGCUAUGCGUCCCUCUCUUACCUCAGGCUAUUCCAAACAGUUCCAAAAGUCUCUACCGCCUCGUUUCCUCAGACAGCAGGAGCAGAUGAAGCAGCAACAAUGGCAGCAACAGCAGCACCAGACCGGGGGCUCCGUGUCUCCAUCAGGUGUUGGUGGCGGUAGUGGCGGGAUUCCAGCUCCCCCACAACAACAACAACAGCAGCAGCAGCAGCAACAACAGCAGCAGCAGCAACAGCAACACCGCUCCAUGUAUCAACCCAUGGGCCCGCACCACCAGCACCUGGCCUCCAUGGGCUUUGACCCCCGCUGGCUCAUGAUGCAGUCCUACAUGGACCCCCGCAUGAUGUCGGGACGUCCUCCCAUGGACAUGCCAGCUAACAUUCAUCCUGGGAGGAUGCCUCCGAAGCAGAUUGUUCGCAGAGAGCCUGGUGACAACUCCAGCUCCAGCUCUGACUCCUUCGACCAUCUGACCCGACCAAUUCGUGACCACGGCCUGCCGUCAGACUCCCGCAUGGUGUGGGGAUCGGAGCCGUACCCGCAGUCAGAGCCGCUACCGUCUGUAACUCCACCAAAAGGACGGGAUGAUAACAAGGAGCCGAGGAUGGACUCCGCUUUGGAUCUGGACAGAGGUCUCACAGCGAUCUAUCCCCAGGACCACAGUGCAUUAGACUCUCAUAAAAGUAACUUCUUCCAGGACCCUACAGAGUCCCUGUCAGCGUUUACCCCGGCCCCAGAGGACGCGUCGGGGCCUCUAGACAGGGUCCCCGUAGUCUCAGCCUUUGAUCCUGAGGAGCCGGGCCUACCCAGCGGGGAAGAGGUUGAAGCUCUUGGUCAGGCUAUGCUCCAGAGGAGUGUCUCCCAGGGCUCCAGCCACUCCCUCAAGCUUGACGAGCCCAGGUUUGAUGGGCUAUCCCUGGGAACGAAAUCUCUAGAGCUACAGGACACAGGAGAACGGGCCGACGAUAAGCCCCAGAAUGAACUCUACCCCCAAGCUGCGGUGACUAGCAACAGGGCUACACCUCCUGCCGAUGGAUUACACAAACAAGAGAAGCUGCCAAUGCCAGCCUCUAACAAGCAGAAAGCUGAGCUGCGCUGGGCUGGAAGAUCAGUGGCCGGACGCAGAGAAGGACCAGGUGGUGAGAGACCCGUCCGCCGGUCUGGGCCUAUAAAGAAGCCGGUCCUGAGGGACAUGAAAGAAGAGCGAGAGCAAAGAGAGGAGAGGGAGAAGCGUCACGAGAGAGGGGAGAGAGGGGAUAGAGGGGAAAGGGGGGAGAGAGGAGAAAGAGGAGACCGGUCCAAAAAGGAUCAGCCAUCCAAAGCUCCCUCUGCAGCUGCUGUUGUGUCUGAAGGCUCCAGACCUCAGGUUGAGGGCAAGAGAGAACCCGCCGAUGCCGAGGAAGCACCGGUUGUCCAUCCGAGAGUCAGAGACUCCCAGCCUUCAUCUGGGGUUCCCACAUCUUCCUCUCAGGAGGAGAAAGCAGAGAAACCGCCCAGCAAUGACAAACACCCAGAGCCCAAACUGCCCUCCAGGAAAGAGUCCAAUCUUCCUCCACGUUCCUACCGGCGAGAGGAGAGAGAGAGGGAACGUGAGAGGGAUCGUGACAAGGAGAUGGACAAGGACAGAGAUAGAGAGUGGCCUGCCGACGCAAGUUUCAAAGCACGUGGUCGGGGGGAGUAUUACUCUAGAGGACGGAGCUACCGGGGGACUUACGGCGGCCGAAACAGGGGGGGUCGCGGUCGAAGCCGAGCGGAGUUUAAUUACAGAGAGCCCCGUUCGCGCUCCGAUUUACCUUCUGUCGGAGGUGCUGCUGCCUUUCGCAACAGGGAAGAAAGCGAAACUCGCAGCGAGAGCUCGGACUUUGAGGUUAUACCAAAACGUAGACGGCGCCGUGGAUCAGACACAGAUUCUGAAAGUGAAGGUGGGAGAGAGUCUGCUAGUGAUACUGGACCGUCUGACCGCGAGCCUAGCACCAAACCUAGCCGUCCGUUGAGACGAGAGCUCCCUGGGGAGGCCCGUCCUGGGCCUCACAAGCCAGGCUUUGGACCUCCACACAUGGGGGAAAGGCUUGGACCCAGAGGGGAUGAUGACGGCAGACCCAAGCCCGGAUUCCUCCCUAAAGGAGAGCCUUCUCGGCGAGGAAGAGGAGGCUUAUACAGUAGACGAGGUGGGGCAAGGGAGCGCGGCGGCCCUCGUGCUGGCCCUCUAAGACGGCCAGGAGCUAGAGAGUCCUCUUCUCAGUGGCCCUCUAAACCCAUGGAGACAUUCAGGCCCGAGGACACAGAGUCCACACAAAGAUAUGACCAUCCUGCAGCUGACCGACGACACCCGAGGCCUGAUGGCAGGAAAUUUGGAGACGUCGCUCCUCAGAGUAGUAGAGAAAGGCCUCGUCGGUCCAGACCAGCACGGCCCCCGAGGCAAGAUAAACCUCCCCGCUUCAGGCGCUUGAAGGAGCGGGAGGCUGCAGUGUUAGCUAGUGGAGAAACGGCCCCGAGUCCUCCUGUCCCUCUACUCCCAGGGCCUGCUGCUGCUGUCUCCAGCUCUGCCCCGGCCCUGAUCUCCCUCUCCCCGACCCUGUCUAGAGCUCCAGGAACCCCUGUAACUGUGCCUGCGGAAUCGGCGGCCUCUAUGCCUGCAACCGACUUGUCCUCUCCUGCAGAAGCACCCUUGCCUGGGACCAGCAGCCCCACCAUCACUGCAGUCGGUACCAAAUCCCCUGACUUGUCCAACCAGAACUCUUCAGAUCAAGCCAACGAGGAAUGGGAAACCGCAUCGGAGAGCAGCGACUUCAACGAAAGGAGAGAGCGAGAGGAACGGAAGGGAGCACUGGAGGCCGCUAAUGAAGCAGCCACUGCCUCUGCUCCGGCUCCUGUGGCCCCUCAGGGCUCUCUGACCCCCAAUAGAAGCCCUCCCGACGGAGGGGUGAAUCAAAGACGCGACGGGCCUCCUGCAGCCAAGAGGAGUUUCUCCAGUCAGAGGCCCACAGAGAGACAGAAUCGUAGAGGCAACAGUGGAGCAAAACCCGUUCGAGGCUACACAGGAGGCAAGGGGGAGAGGAGGGGAGGGGCCAAAACCGGCCGCAAAGGCCCUUCAGCCCAGCAGAACUCAGAAGGCGGACCACAAACAGCUGGAGGAGCAUCUCAGAGGCCCACAAAAGACCAGUCUGGCCGUCGCAAAGAUGAGGCCAAACAGGCCGCUAAGAAGCCCAAAGAGAAUGCUCUUUCUCAGUUUGAUCUUAACAAUUACGCCAGUGUUGUGAUCAUUGACGACCACCCAGAGGUCACCACCACAGAGGACCCGCAGUCCAACACCAACGAUGACGGCUUCACAGAGGUCGUGUCCCGCAAGCAACAAAAACGCCUCCAGGACGAAGAGAAACGGAAAAAGGAAGAGCAGACUCCUCAGAACUGGAGUAAAAAAGGUUCUGGUGAAAAGGGCAGAGGAGGCGGAGGAAAGCUGCCACCAAGAUUUGCUAAGAAGCAGUCCUCGCAGCAGCAACAACAACAACAGCAACAACAACAACAACAACAACAGCAACAGCAGCAGCAACAACAACAACAACAGCAGCAGCAGCAGCAGCAACAACAGUCCUCACAGUCUCAGCCUCCUGUCGCCCCCACACCUCAGGCCCCACAACAACCCCCAGUUUCUGCUCCCCAGCAUCCUCACCUCGCCCCCUCCCAGGCGGCCGCCUCCCCCCAGACUCUGGAAGGAACAGCGGCUCCCCUGCCCUCCAUCCCCGCUGCCACUGUGGACUUUACCUCAAAGAGUUUACAGCCCGCAGCAGCGCAGACGCACAGCACUCUGGGUACAGAACUGUGGGAGAACAAGGUGGCAGGCUCCACUGUCCUUCCUGAUGUCAAGAAGCUUGGUCCAAUCAGCCCUCCUCAGCCACCUUCUGUGAGUGCCUGGAACAAACCUCUUACCUCCUUUACGGGCACUGUCCCUGAGGGUGUGAAGCCUGGAUCAGAAAGCAGUGUGGAAUUGGCGAUAGACAGUAUUCAGUUUGGAGCACCAUCAUCUGCCGGCAGCACCGACAGCGAUGGAGUUCCAGCUUUGUUAGAAAACGUCUCCGAAAACAAACUACCUGCUCCCAAAGAACAGAGACAGAAACAACCUCGAGCUGGACCAAUCAAAACACAGAAGCUUCCUGAAAUGGAACCAGUGGAAACCAAGGAGUACAAGCCCGGUCCCAUCGGUAAAGAGCGCUCUUUAAAGAACCGCAAGGCCAAAGACGCACGUGGAGGAGAAGGCGACGGGAUGGAGGGAGGAGUUUCUGUUGGUGUUGUCAGUAGAGCCACAGACUCCAGUCCUCCCACCAGUGACACCACAGUGCCGGAGCUGGGAGGAGACAUCGAGGGCAUGAUCACAGUCCCCUCAGCAGAGUACAACAGUAACUCUAAGGAGUCUGUCACCGACUACACCACUCCCUCCUCCUCACUGGCUGACAGUGUUGCUACAGGAGUGAACAAAAUAGAAGAGAGUUUGGUGGCAAAUGUGGCGCUACCCCACUCAUUGCCCCUUCCUCGUCGAGAGACCCUGCAGCAGAGCUCCAGCCUCAGCACCGUCUCUCCUGCUACCGUUGACUUAACACUAAAGAUGGAAUCUGCUCGUAAGGCGUGGGAGAACUCCCCGAGUCUGGAGAAGAACUCUCCAGUCACUUCCUCUUCCUCCCCCAUCACCUCCUGUGCGUCCUCUUACUCCACCUUCUCCUCGGCCUCCAUGGCACAGAUCCCCGUGGCUUCUGUAACACCCAGCACCACACUGUCAGGUGCCGGUACCUAUACGACGUCAUCCCUCAGCACCAAGACCACCACGGCCUCUGACCCCCCUAACAUCUGCAAGGUGAAGCCCCAGCAGCUGCAGGGCGGAGGUCUGUCCUCCAGCGGUGGCAGCAGCAGCAGCAGCUUCUCUCAGUUGGGCUGCAUGCCCACCCUCCUGCCCCAGCAGCAGCAGACCCCACAGGUGUACGUCUCUCAGUCUGCAGCAGGUUCUGCAGCUCAGAUUCCAGCCUUCUACAUGGACACUAGCCACCUCUUCAGUACCCCCCACCCUCGCUUGGCUCCUCCCUCCUUGGCCCAGCAGCAGGGCUUCCAGCCCGGCCUCUCUCAGCAGACAGCAGUGCAGCAGAUUCCUAUCCCUAUCUACGCUCCACUGCAAGGUCAGCCGCAACACCAACAUCAGCACCAGCAUCAGCAUCAGCACCAACAUCAACACCAACACCAACAUCAGCAUCAACACCAACACCAACACACACACCAGGCUCAGCUCGGACUCAGCGCUGGUCCGCCAGUCUCCCAGCAGCAGGACCUGUUCAGCUCCUCACUGCAGACCUACAGGUCUCAGCAGGCGUUCAUGCAGAGCAGCCUGUCACAGCCCUCCAUGAUGCUGUCAGGUCCGUCCCUGCACAGCUAUGCCGGCGUGCAGGCGCCUGACCUGGGCAAGCCUCAGUCCAGUCUGGCCUAUCAGCAGGCCUCGUCCGCGCAGCACAUUCCCAUUCUGUUUGAGCCGCAGCUCAACCAGCCCUCUGGCAUGGGAGGCUCCCAGCUCAUUGACACACACCUGCUGCAGGCCCGACAGGGGAUGAGUCAGCAUUCAAACAUGUACUCGGGUCAGGUGCAACAACAUGGCCAGAGCAGCUACUACAGCAACACCCAGUCUCCCAGCUCUGCAAUGCAACAGGUGACGGUCCCGAUGCCCAGCUCCCAGCUGUCCCUGCAGAACUUUGGCUCGGGUGGAGGCCAGCCCCUCCUGGCGCUGCCUCCGACUCCUCCCCAGGCCCAGCCCCCCAACAUCAACCGACAGCCCCCGAUCUCCCAGCCUUACCGAGGCAUCAUGGGCCCCAACCACAACAUGAUGCCGCCUCCGACCAGCAAGAUGGACAUGGAUCUGAAACUCUUUGGCAGUGGGAUGGAUGUGAAGCCUGGAACCCCUCCUAUCGGCGCCAGAAGCACCACACCCACCUCCAGCCAUUACAGAGCGAGCUCCACGUCUCCCAGCAACCAGUCCAGUAAGAUCAACAGCAUGCUGUACCAGAAGCAGUUUCAGGCGAGCUCUGCUGGCAUGAGAAUGACACAGCACUUCCCUGGCCAGUUCAACCCACAGAUUCUGUCUCAGCCCAACAUCGUCUCUCCUCUGGUCCGUCCUCCUCACGUUAACUCGUUUGCUGGAGGCGUCCAGCGCUCUCCCAUGGGCCCUCCGAUGUCGGCCAAUGUGGGUGGAGGUCUCAUGCCCCAUCCCCGACCUCAGCACCCGCAGCACAGCCAGCAUCCUCCCCGAGGACCUCCCGCCUCGCUCGCUCCCAGAGGCACACAGGCGGCUCUGAAGGCCGAGCAGGACCUAAAGGCGAAGCAGCGGGCCGAGGUGCUCCAGUCCACUCAUAAGUUCUUCUCGGAGCAGCAGCAACUCAAACCCCCGCAAGUCAGCAAAGUGUCGCGUCUCGAUCAGGGUGGGAAACCCCCGCUCGACACCUCCCCGAACCACCAGGCGAUGGGCGAACGCCCGGACCCCGACAAACCCCCCAUCUCCACGGCCAAGCCCAUCCGGACUGGCCCCAUAAAACCGCAGGCCAUCAAACCAGAAGAGGGCAAGUAAAGAGGAGCGGCUCAGAAACCUCUUCAGAUGACAUUAUGAACGGAUGGAAGAGAGAAUCGAGGUCCCCAUUCACUCAGUCACCGCCUCA